AUGGGGAUGGCGCGGUUGCCAGGGCGACCGCCUCCCGCGGGCCCCGCCAUCCAUCACCCGCGGCGGCAGCGGCGCCCAGGGGUCCUGGCGACUGACACCAGCUUGCAGCAGGAGAGACUCCAGGCCAUUGCGGAGAAGCGGAGGAGGCAGGCGGAGAUCGAGAACAAGCGCCGGCAGCUGGAGGACGGCCGGAGGCAGCUGCAGCACCUAAAGUCCAAGGCCUUGCGGGAGCGCUGGUUGCUGGAGGGGACGCCGUCGUCGGCCUCGGCCGGGGACGAGGCCAUGAGGAAGCAGAUGCAGCAGGACGAGCUGACGGCGCGGCAGCUGGAGGAGUCCGUCUCCAGGCUGGAGAAGGAGAUCGAAGUGCUGGAGAAUGGAGAUGCGGUCCCCGUCAGCAAGGAGAAGGCGGCGGCCCCCAGCCCGGCCCGCGCCCCAGCCCCCAGUCCGGCCAAGGAGGAGCCCAAGGCCGAGGGCGUGCUCAGCUGGCAGCAGACUCCCGUGGGCACACCCAAAGAGAAGCGCUCCGUCUCCAACAGCCCGGUGAGGACAGUCAACGGCUCCACUAUGAUGAAGGCAGCCAUGUACUCGGUGGAGAUCACGGUGGAGAAGGACAGGGUGACAGGGGAGACCAGGGUGCUGUCCAGCACCACGCGGCCCCCCCAGGAGCCGUUCCCUCAGGGCGUCAAGGUCUACGAGGACGAGGCCAAAGUGGUCCAUGCCGUUGAUGGUGCCACAGAGAACGGGAUCCACCCACUGAGCUCCUCCGAGGUGGACGAGCUCAUCCACAAGGCAGAUGAGGUCACACUGAGCGAGGCAGGGUCCACGGCCGGGGCAGCAGAGACCCGGGGGGCCGUGGAGGAGGCCGUCCGGACCACGCCCUCCCGACGGGAGAUCACCGGGGUGCAGGCUCAGCCAGGCGAGGCCACGUCAGGCCCACCGGGGGUCCAGGCAGGCCAGGAGCCUCCAGUCACCAUGAUAUUCAUGGGCUACCAGAACGUGGAGGAUGAGGCUGAGACCAAGAAGGUGCUGGGGCUUCAGGACACCAUCACAGCGGAGCUGGUGGUCAUUGAGGAUGCAGCUGAGCCCAAGGAGCCCGCACCCCCCAACGGCAGUGCUGCUGAGCCCCCCACCACCACGGGCUCCCAGGAGGAGAACCAGGCAGGACCUGAGGCCACUGCCAGUGACCCCCAGGACCUCGACAUGAAGAGGCAGCGCUGUAAAUGCUGCUCGGUGAUGUGA